AUUUUCUAACAUCUGAACUUUCCUUCCCCUCUAACUAUAAACCGGUUACCAGUAACCAAGACACCAAUACUUUCACCAAAUGAAAACAAUAAUUUAUCAUAAACUUUGUUUUAUGAUAUGAAAUUUUGAUCUAUUUUUAAUUUUUUUAUAACUUGAAGUGAGAUUGGCUGAUCAAUUAUAGAAAUUUUAAAAUGAAUAACGCAUCAGUUCUGAUGAUUCUAGUUAGCUUUAUGACACUUUUUCAUUCAGGAGCUGCUAUCAAGUGUUGGCUUUGUAAUAGUAGAACGGAUCCUAAAUGUAAUGACCCAUUCAUUAACGAAUCAAUACCACUAAGUGAUUGCAAUAAUGACCCUCAUAAACCGUCAACUCCCAGUUUGAUUGGAGUUAAAGCAACAAUGUGUCGAAAGAUUAGACAGAAGGUCGACAACGAAUGGAGAGUAACUCGAUCUUGUGCUUAUUUUGGUGAACCAGGAGAAGGAACUGGUAACGAACAUGUUUGUAACUACCAAACAGAUUCAUACAAUGUCCUGCGUGAAAUCUGUACAUGCAACAGUAAAGAUGGCUGUAACCACGGUUUCAUAUCUCACGGGAAUUUAUUAAUCAUUUGGUUAAUGUUUGUCAUUUGCCUACUAUUCUGAAUAAAAAAGUGAAUAGAAAUAUUCAUUCAAAAUUCCGGUUGCUUGUUCACUGAAGUUACGACGCCAUCCUUUUGCAUCGAGAAACCUCGAACGAAGAUUAUUGAAGCUUCACUGGUACUUAUUUGACGCUGAUUUGUAUUUGUUCAAACUUUUUUUUGAUCAUCUGUAUCAUUCUUUCAAUUUAUUUUCUGUGCCAUCGAGUUGUCAAAGAUCGUUUUCGUAAAAGAUUCAUCACAUUGGUUGUGAACGUUAAUUUGAUUUGUAAACAUUUGUGUUCGUCGUAACUAUUAAUCUCUUAUUUUUGUGUUAAUCAUGGGUGAUCAUCAAAUUAAUCGUCCGAACUAUCAAGUCAACCAGGAGAUUCUGGACCUAUUUCCUAAACUUCAUCGCAAGUCUUUUGACAUGGAAAAAGAGCAAAAUUUUGAACAAAAACCUUCAAACUUUAAAUGCUUCAGAUAUAUUGUCAUUUUUUUCUAGCCUGCAUUCAACUUUUAUACUAUCCACUGCUUAUCCACACUCGAUCGCGUCCAGUCUUUGUAAAGAAUAACAUUGAAACAUUGUUUCCAAUUAAAUAACUUUAUAUGGAAAA